AUGUCAAUUGAUGGGGGAACCACCGCAAGAUCUACAAGUCAAUUGGAGGGUACUGACUAUUGUGGCAGAAGCACUAGGGAAUCCUCGCACAGUAGCUCUAGUCAUCACCAGAGUACACGCAGUAGAAAGGGCGUUGCCCCCUGUUCUAUGAUAGAUAACAAACACAAAGGCAGGUUGUCUGCGCAAUCCUUGGCUUCCAUGCGGCGGAGGGGGUCAGAGAGCUCGUCGAGACUUAAUGGAAGAGCUCCCAGCUCGUCGUAUUCCAGGGAUCAUCACAUCUGGACUGAAAAAGAAGUCAAAGAAUUCUAUACGAUUCUGGUGAGAUGGGGUUCGUUGCAGUUCAAGAAAAUCUCAUCUGUUCUUCAGCCCGACGAGGAAGGAUCAAGCACUCGCUUUAAAAAUAAGUGGAAUGGAGAAAAGAAGAGAGCAAUUAUUCGGAGGCCUACGUAUGAUUGCAGAACUCUGAUCAUCUCUGUGAUCAAUGACUAUAUCGCACUGCUUUUCGAUUCCUCCCCUGGUCCUGUUGUUGGCCAGGAAGAGCGGGAAAGGCUCGCAUCUUGGAUAACUGAUUUGAUUGCCACUCUGCCUCUGGACACAAACAAAAACACAUCUCACCAGGUUACCAAACAUGUAGUAGAUGUAUACAAUAAAUUCUUCAACUAUAGAACCAAGCUCGACAUGCUUCGGUGCCUCUACGCGGACAACGGACUGACCCAACCACUCGAGCAUGUCACUCUGGGGCCUGCACAGUCGUCACCCCCAGUUGUGGGUGCCAACCCCAUGCAGCUUUCCGCUCCUCUAGCUAUGUCUUUGUCUCCCCAGCUGCAGGUCCAACCAGCUAUGCCCGCUCUGGAUCGGUGCGGUGUUGCACCCGAGAAUCCACAGUAUCAGCAUCAGCAACAGAUACUAGCGAAUGCCUCGCCUUGCUUUAAUGUCAGCCUGCAAAACUCAGCGCAGCAGACGCUCACAAACCACGUAUCCUCCGUCCUUGUCCAACCAAUCUGGUCACUCAAUACCGCAGAAGGAGUCGCUAUCCAGAACCCCUGCCUUAUACAGUCUGCUAAUGGCCUGAUUCUUGCGCAGGACCUCACCACUCUGCCUAACAGUGACCUGAUAGCGCAGCUAAGGAACAUGCUUGGGAUGCCGCAGUAUAGCAAUAUAGCCCAGAUGCCAUUCAACGUUCACCAACCCGAAGGAAGGGAAGCAAUCAUCAAAGCUAUAAUAGAGCAAAACGAACGGGUAAAUGCCCAGCUUCGGCAGCAGCUUGUCUAUCAACCAGUUUAUCAACAUCUGCCACAAUUCAUCUCUAUCUCUGCACCGGUUCUCCCAACUGUGACAUACAGAGAUGUUGAGUCGCCUCCUCAGGUGACGAUCUGCCUUGCCAAUGCACAGAGAGCUGCUGACUUGGAGACAGUCAAUGCAGUUGACGCAGUGGCUGUGACCCUGCCGCAACAAGGACAGAUAUUUUGCGAGUCCGUCCCAGCACACCCUGCGUCAACUUUCUCCAUUAACAACGUUUCAUCCGAGACUAUCAGUCCGCGUCUAGUUGACCCUAGAUUAGCUAGUUCUGCUGGCCUGGAAACACGGAUGCGGAGUCCAGACAUGCUCGCAGUUUCUUCGGCCUCUCCAGCUCCCUCGAUAGAUGGAAGUUUUAGCAGUAAGGAUACCCCAGUUGAAAUAAGCGAUUCUUCUGGAAAGAUAAGGCCAACGAUAUCGGCAUCUCUCGAAUCAACAGGCCCUUCGUUGCCAUAA